AGCUCACUGCCGAAGCAGGCCUUGUUUUGUUUACACGUUUUUAUUGCUGCUCCACAACUUUAUAGGUCUGAUACACAUUUAUUUUGAGUUUAUUAUGUCACACAAAAAAAAAUAGAUAAAAAUUACUAACUGUUUUCUUAACGUAUUUUGGGACCGAACGUAAAUUUUGUCUUUUGGAAUUCUCACUUAGCGCACAGAUAAAAAAUAUACAUAGCCAAAUUCAAAAGGUGAUUAGAAAAAUGAACACGAACAUAUGGAACUCAUCUCAAAUGGCAGGCACUGGGGGCGCCCUCAAGGCGCUAGCCAAAAACCUGGCCAAUCAGCUAACCCUUAAUCGAACGGAAAUGAAGCGCGUAGUAGCCCGCGUCAUAUCGGAGUGUCAUGGUCAGGGCAAUGUGGGCGAUUACAAUGGACACAUGUUCUAUGUGAAGCCGGAGCGGGUCGACAUGACCAAACAGAUAACCCACUCAAAGGAGGCAUUCGACGAAAUGUUACAGCAGAAGCGCAUGCGCUCCAAGAAGCCGAUGCCUCGCUCUCCGUCCGGCUCCCGAUCGCUCACGUAUAAGUUGACCGUCGAUGAUAAGAAAGACAAGAGCCUCACCGGCGUCAUCAUCGACCAGAAUCACUUGCGACAGCGUGGCCAGCCGACAGAGAUCGUUGUCCAGAUGUCCAAGCAGGUAAACCAAAAUAAGUGUAGACAGCAGAUCAAGCGCCGACCACUGGUACGCUCCAGCAAUCAAUUUAUAAUUAGAAAAAAACAAGCAAGUGGUCAUUCGACAAUGCUCGGCAACCCCAAAAGCUUAGUCAAGUUUCAGAAAAAACCCAAGUUCGUUCAAUUAACUCAAAAGAAGUCGGUGGCCAAGAACGCUCCGAGAAUGGCGAAGUCCAAAAUAGUACCUGUGAAAACUCAAAAGUCUCGUCAGAUGGCACAGCCAGCCCCGUCCCAGCCUCGAAUGCGGGCUGGUAAUGUAGCGCGGCCAACGCCGGUGGUCAUAAAAGAGCUACCCAAGAGCGAUCCCCCCGGCUGCAUUCGUACGCCAAUAUCCGUUUCGCCCACACCGCCCAAAAAGCCGGGGAUCCUUAAGAAAGCCAAGAGUGUCAAGUUAAUGAAAGCGAAGAGCGGUAACAGCUGCCGGCACGUACCAGAGGAAAAGACUAAGAGGAAGACGAACCGCCUGGCGGCCGGCGGUAUCCUUAUCAAAGAUAGUCGAUCCAAGAAAUCAGCGAACAAGAAGCGCGAGAAGUUGCCGUGGCGCCUGGCAUAUAAGUUUCCAAGUAACUCAGGUCCCGUCUACCGGUCGAAUCCACCAAUCACCAAACAAAAAUUCAAGUCAAGGACUAAGCCAACAUUGGUCACUAAAACUAGGCAAGUCAUGUCUGCGAAUAGCUGUCGGCGCUUGCGUUUGAAGCGCUCGCAGGCGCGCAUAGCCAAAGAUUUGGAGCGGGACGAGGCUAUCGAUGAUCCGGAGCGUUUAGAAGCUGGCAGCUUGCAUAGCUUUCGAGCCAAAGGUGAAGGUCCAAAGUCAAAGAUAAAGCGUUGCUAUAAGAUUAGCGCACGGCUGCUUGAGCUGGCAAAGCCAGCGUUGCAUCGCCGUUUUGUACCGGAGACACCGGCUCAAUACAUCCGUCCGCCCAUCUUCAAGCCGAAGCAUAAACUGAGGCCACGUCGUCGCAAACGCCGCGUCCUCGUGGAUAGUAGCCUGGGCAGCAUUGAGGGUAUGAGGCCAACCUCGCGAUCCGGCCUAUCGCCGGCCAAGCGCAAUCUUACGCUCGCAUUCAUGAACAAAGAGGGGUCACGUAGUCCGCGAAGUCCACGACCUCGACGCAGUGCCCUUUGGAGGUAAUUGACAGUAUCAGUAGUCCUUUAUUUAAGUUCUGAUUGCGGACGUUCUCCAUACAUUGGGAGCUCGUCUUUUGUCCUGUAACAUUUUCGCAGACACCUAAUUAAAUUUUGAAGUUAUGACU